CUUCUCACAACAUAUCUUGCUCCAUUGUGACCAUUCACUACUCAUUCUAUUCCCGCAAUUCAGAUACCAUGAGAGAUACCCUUUUUCACCAAUCCCCACUAUGGUUGGGAAUCUCAGGACUUCUUAUCAUCCUUCUUGCUUUCCGCACUGUCUGGCUACGUGUUUCCAACUCAAAGACACGAUCCUCCAUUUCCGUUCCAGCACCUCGCAAAGAGCUGCAAUCUGAGUUUUCAGUGGAUAGUUAUGAUCAGAUUGAUCCUUUGGAGGAGUUUGAUUUGGACAAUGAAGAACCUCUGAAGAUAAGACCGUUUAAAGACAAGUAUUAUCUGACUAUGGGAAUCGAGAACAUCGCCGCCAAUGAUCUUAUAGUCAUGGACAAAACUUACCUUGCACGCAUCAACCUCCGAAAACACCUCAUCAACACCCACACGUCCGAUGUCCUGGCCUACAACCCAAUCAUCACCCCCGCAGUAACAGAGUACUACACUUACCUCCUCACAAUCUACCUCCCACGGCGCUUCCCAACAAUCUACACCCUCCACCCCACCACUCUCUUCAACACCACCACAAACACUCACAUCCCGCUAACCCCGCCCUCAACGGCUGCCGCGCUCCGCAUUCUCGGCGAGAACAUCGACACAGAUUUCCUGUUCCUCCUCCCUACUCCUCUCCCUCCUUCGUCCGGGAAAGAAGGGUCCAAGUACACACUCCAGGGCUUCAUAACAUGCUUCCCAUCCGGCUUCGCCACUCUCUCGAAACUCAAUCUCUCCCUCGCAGACAUCCACGCCCCUGUCCCGGGGUACGCGGAGAAACUGGAGCGCAGCAUGGAUAAGUUCUUUGCGGCGUUGCCUGCGGGGAGGAUCGUCCGGCGGUGCAAUUGGGGCGUUACUACCGAUGAUCGCUUGUUCGCCAUGAGCGGCAAUCAUAUGAGCGAGGACGAGCUUCGGGAUAGACGCACUCACAAUGGAAAAGAAGAAGAGGAAGAGGAAGAGGAGGUGUUUGACGUAAAGGACUGCGUGCUGAGGAUCGAGCGCCAGACUUUACACAGAUUACCACGGACUGGCGCUGUCGUGUUUGCGUUUAAAACGUAUCAGUAUCCCCUUGGGGAUAUAGUGGACGAGGGGAAUGGCGAGGCGCUGGCGAAGGCGAUUGAGGGGUUGGGCGAGGGUAAUGUUCCUGGGAUGAAAGUUUAUAAAAGGGAGGUUGUUUGGGGGGAGAGGGUUAAGAGGUUUUUGAGGGGGGAAGCGGGAGGCGAGUGAUUUUUUGCCACAGAAGGGGAAGUUUUUGAUGGGGAAGCUUUCUCGCUCUUCGGUUCUCGCUUUCUCUCUUUUUUAUGUUUUUUUGGAAGGGUGGUGUAUCAACUGCGUAAUUAGAACGCGGAAGAGGCGGCAGUGUGUUCUACAUAUUCCCCUCUCUUCUCGCCCCUCCUUGAGAGUGGAUCCGCAGUUAGAAAAUACCUAGGUACAUACAAAUAUCCCUCCCUACUCAUCUCCCAAACCCCAUCUUAAUGUUCGCACAGCAUACAUCGAAAUUAGUGAGAUCAGGAGGAUGGUAGGGCAAGGCGGACGGGUUGAUGGAAGUGGGAAGCCUUGUGAGAACUCUGCUCUUGUGUAGCGGAAGUUCUUCAACCACCUCAACACCACGCAUAUUUUCAAUCUGUACAUCUCCGCUGGUUCGUCGGCAUCAAAUGCGCAGUCCAUACAUCCAAAUUUCCCACACCUCAUGAUCAACACCCCAACAGCAGUACCGAUGGGGCAUCCAGAUACCUUACACGCUAUACCAAAACCAGCGCAACAGAUCAACGCGGAUUACAAUAACGUAUUCUUCUUCGUUCAUUCAUUUGUAUACGACUGGUCUGACCCACUUAAGUAAGUGUCUGUGUCCCUGCACUAAGAUGUGACAGGGCUAUUUGUACACGGAGGUAUGUAUGUAUACCCUGGUUUAUAUACAUACUGUGGUUCUAUAUGAGAUUUGUUUUGUAUACAUGUAUCAUGACGAGAUCAGAAAUGUGGGCGAUGGAUCUACAAAACCUGAUUUUGGUAAUCUCCCAUCUUAAUAUCUUAGGAACCCCACCCCUCCCUCCCCCUGGAAAAUCUUGUCAAGUGUUGAUGGUAUAUCCCUCCUUCUCCUCCAGCAUACCAAAAAAGGGGAAGAAAAAACGUCAUAUAUAAAGAAGACUACGAUUUGUUCUCCAUACAGUUAAACCCGCAAACAGUAUUCCACGCAGCAAGCUAUCUAGGACAAUCAAUUUUUACCAAUCUUUCCCUACUAGCUGAGGCCUCUUCCCCCUCCCCAAUAUAUAAAGUCUUCUCUAUUUAAUCCCUUGGUUUGAUUUUUCAGGAAGAUACUGCAUGCUAGUCUGCUCCCAGCCAGUUCACGAAACAGAUUCCCCACUCCCCUCUGCAUUCUAAACCCCCCAACGCCAAACAUAUCAAUCAGAGUCUAAGCGUACAUCCCGAGUCGCCAACUCGAGAAAACAUGAUUCCAGGUAAACGACUGACGUGAAGCGUUCUCUUAUCGUAGAGAAAAAAAAAGUGGAGACAUAACGCACUUCUCUCUUCCCUUCUCCCACCCAUCAUCCAUCUCUCUUCUUCAUCACAUGUCACUUUACUCACCCCCGCCUCCCUAUUCCUUAUUUAUAUAGUAUUCACGACUAAAAAAAUAAUGGAAGAAUCAACUAAUAAAAAGUUACGCGUUCUCGUGUAUGUGUGUGUGUCGGUCCCAACACAGCCUAGCCCAACCAACAACCCACAACAGCAAAAACCC